GCGAACCGGCGGAAGAUUUACCUUCACAGGAUGCUUGGGGACGACGCCUCUGGCUCGAAGGGCAACGGUCACAGAUCCGUGACGUGGGCGUGGGCCCUCGGGUUCAGUGGCGGAUUUACGUAUGCGUGGCAACGUUCGUCAGCAUCAGGCGCAGCGGCGUUGCAUUGCGCCACGAAGUGUGGGUGGGCUCUGUCACCGGGAUCUAUAAGCAGCCGUUCUCCGUCUUGCCGGUCUCCAAGUUCUUCGAUGACAUCAACAGUCUCGAUGACAUUUUGAUGUGGCUGGAAUGGUUCACCUCCGCGAUACAGUCACAGUCAGCGAAUGGCGCUCAGGCGCUGUCGUUGAUGGGAUUUAACCGGAUCGUGCCCGCGGAGACCGACGAGGCCGCAAUUCGUCUCACAUACAGGCAGAUGAAGUUGACAGAGGCUCAGGCAGUUCCUGCCACUACAGAUCGUUUCCGGCCUAUGUACCCGAGCACGUGGCUGGCCGCCGAGCUCAAGGCUGGCACUGGGACAGGGGAUUUCGAGGACAAGGGGCUGAUACAACGCGGCGGCUACACGUGGAGGUACGAACAGGGGGUUGGCUACAGGGGACAGGGCGGCUACGUUGCCACGAUCGUGCUGCCCAACUCAGAGAUCAAUGACCCUGCUUACGUGCUAGUGAACCAACAGAACAUCACUCUUAUGGAUUUCCGUGACCUAUUCAGCCCAAUGUUUGCAAGUAUAGCUUUGGAGUUAGCCCUCUACAACCCCAACUACCAGAGCAUGUCCAUUGUCGAGUUGAUCUUCAACGCGCGCUCCACUGGUUUGCUGGUUGAUAAGAUAGUCAAUGCGAGGGGCAUGCUGCUGGAUACUCAAGACACCGUCGCCAACAUCUUCGAUAUUCGAAUUUUAUAA